GAUCGAUUCUUUUCAGCUUCGCAUUCGCACUGGUUGCUGGAUGCCGAAAUAACUAUAUCCAUCAACAAUUCCAACAACUGAUUCAAAUUUCGAUUACUACGUCACGGCCCACUACUUGUCACCGCCUCUUUAUGGAUCGACAAUGAAUCGAAAAGAUAGUGAAUUCGUAGAAUCCUUUCUCUCAAACCCCUCAAAGGAACAAACAACAUCCUUGCACAGAAGCAACACCGCACCUCAUCGCCGUCGUACGGCGGAGGCAGUUCCAGGCUCGAUUGAGACUUCGGAUACCGUCAACAUGUCUACACGCCGACCGGCUUCUGAGAAGCGGCCGCGACCAUCAAAUCAUAGAUCAGCCUCAUCGUCGGAAAACUCCACCACCAGAUCGCGAUCGAAAGGCCGUGGCCAUGAUUCAAAACUAUCUUCCCGUCGUACUUCUUGUACCAUCGUGGACCCUGCUAGGCCAGCUCGCCAUUACAGAGUGAAGAGCUCUCACACAACAUCACCCGCGAGCCAGGAUGUCGACGAUGUACUCGCCCUCCACUUCCGCAGUUGUAGUCUAUUUUCAAACCCAUCCUACCAGACCAACUCUGCCCUCCCGAGUCCGACACUGUCUCACCAAGACAACUUCGGAUUUCCAAGCGCGGUGUCACGUUUCAGUAUGGAUGACAUGGCUAUGGUCGAGGAACAUGUCUCACUGCAAGAAACUGAGAGCGCACGUGUUCCGGUCCCAGCUACCACCACGCAUUGGAUCUCGCCUAGCACCCGGAAGCGCGACUACGAAAGGAUUGACAAACAAAACACUGGUUUCCGAGGCCUAGUCAGGCGAGUGGUUCCACGCUGUGUAUCAGGUCCACCAGAGAGAUUCUACGAAAAAGAUCAGUCGGACGCUGGAUCCGUUCGACGCUACAGACUGGACGUCAUCGAAAGUCACAUCAACGAGAAGGAGAUCACACGACUCCCCACCCAGAGUUCGCAGUUGCAGAGACCCAAGCUGAAGUCACGAUGGACCUGCUUCUGAGCACAAACGCACACAUGAGAAACGGCAGCACACACUUUUUGCAUAUUUGCGCGGCAUUACGAUACCCACGGCAUUUGCGCUUGUUGGAUUUUAAGCACUAUACCUACUUAGAGCCUGGAUUUAUUGGUCUUUGGUCUUGCAUAGCACAGCGUGACGUUAAUUUUAGUAGAUAUUUAGAAGAUAGUUGAGACCGUAGGAAAGUACGAGAGAAUCUACAACUUCUCACGAUACAAAACAAGAUCGUAUCUUGUACGACGAUGGCGACGCGUUCGAUGAGCCAGUGCUCAGUGUCCAGAUAUACCUUCUACAUGCAGCCACUAGCAUCAUGGCUCAUCAGAAAAUCCAACUCACCCAUACAAGUCACAGGCGCCAGAACAGCGCAGGCAGAAGGAAGAGGUAUCUUUGGUAUGGC